AUGGGAAUCACUUCAGAAGUUCCAAAGACAGUGCAAUGGAAUGGCAGUGAGGUUCCUGUUUAUUCCAUGCAAACAAUUGACUUCUCUCGACUGCUUUCCCAGGAGCCAGAAGAGCUUGAGAAGCUGUUGAAGUGCUGCCAGGAUGAGGGAUUCUUCUACAUUGACCUGCAAGGCAUUGAUGGGCGUCGAUUUCUUGAUGAUCAGCAAGAGACUCUCAAGCUCAUGAACAAGUUCUUCGACUCGCCAUUGGAAGUUAAGAAUGAAUUUGGACUUGUCGCACCACAUCUUGGAUAUGAGCCUGUAGGAUCUAGAACUGGUGUCCUUGAGAACACCAAAGAUGGAUACGAAAUGGUCAAGGGAAGUCAAAGAUGGUUGAGAAGAAUCUCGCAAAGUCUUGCUAACCUUCCGUAG